AUGGCUCUCUCUGACAUCCCAUGCCUCACCAACUCUACUCACAGUUUUUCUAUCCACUGCUUUGAUCCCUCAGAUCAACCUGCUCUUCCUCUCCAUAUCCCAUCAUCAUGCCUUGUAAACCCCCCUCACCGCUUCCAUUUCCCUUCAGCAGAGCAACCACUUCGAUUCCAAAUCGAAAGUCCUUUGCUAGUUCUUCAGAAGCUUCUUCCAGCGGUUUCAUGGCACGUCCCCCACAGCUUUCCUUUGCCUGGUGGUCCCAAGCUAGCGGAGCUAGCGUUUCGGGCAAUCUAUAACCGAAAUGUACGGCCGAAUGUCGCUGAGGAUAUGGUAGUGCGGGAUGAAUACAAAGGUUGGUUGGUAGAGGCCAGACCAAAAGAGUAA